UAUAUUAAUCCUUGAGCUAUUAUUAUCAUGGUUCAACUUUACUAUAAUUCUUUAAUUACGAGAUAAGGUUCGGAGAUAAUGUCAUUCUUCUCCUGGUACAAUAAUAACCCUGAUGCAAGUCAAUAUUGAUCCUGCUUUCUUGGUUUAGAUCAUACCUUAGUUAGAAUCUAAGUAAGAUACCGGGAUGAUAUUUAUUCUCGUCCUAACCCUCUCUCAAGGAUUAGUCUCUGCUCAGGGUUGUUUUACAGUAGGGGGUAACAGUGCUGGAUCUCCAUGUAUCCUCCCCUUUGUAUAUAAUGGUGUGCUGAGAGAAGGUUGUAUAACAGAUAAUGAUCCUGAUUUGAAACCAUGGUGUUCUACUCUGACCAACCAGACAAAUCAUCAUAUAACAGGAAACUGGGGACAUUGUCCUCCGGAUUGUAUCCAGAACGGAUCCUGCCAGACUUCUCUAGGUACCCCUGGAACCUGUAUGCCUGCAAACCAGUGUAUUGGAGUAGAUCUAUACUAUCUUCAGGAAAACGUGUGUCCGGAGACAAAGAACCUGGUUUGUUGCUCCGGGGUUGAAUCAAACCAACACAUCGAGUUUUCAGCUGCAGAGAUCUCUGAAUCCAAUCCUCUCUCAGUCCUAGAGGAGGAUCAGCUUCAAGCCCUUUUCAGUAAGCUGGAACUAGAAACGGAGGAUGAAGAUGCAAAUUCGGAGGAAUCUGAACCUCCAACAAUUGGAGUUAGAUUCGGAGGAGGCCAAGUCCAUUCAUCUAGGAGGUCUGUGUCUCUCCACAACAGAUUUAAUAAACCAAGAAGAGAAUCUAAACUCCUGGAUAAAACAUCAAACCUACUCCUGAAGGUGACCAGCAAGCUGGAGAACAGUGGGAUAGGUCUUCGCUCAGGGUUGGAUGCUUUCUCUAGCUCGACAAUAAGAAACAACUGUCCCUGGAUCCCGGCACCUAAUUGUCCGCCCGGAGCAAGGUAUCGAACCCCGGACGGAACUUGCAACAAUCUGAAGAAUUCAAACUAUGGAAGAACUGGAACUCCUUUCCAACGAAUCCUUCUCCCGACCUAUGGGAAGGGUUCGGUUGAUGCUCCAAGGAGACGACCCAGAGACGGGUUCGAACUCCCCUCCGCUAGAGAAAUCAGCAACGGAGUCACAGGGAAAAUAAACGACCUGGAUUCAGAGAAUACUCUUCUUCUCAUGCAGCUUGGACAGUUUAUAGAUCAUGAUCUUACUCACACUCCGGCACACGACUCCGGUAGCUGCUGCAAGAGCGGAGGACGGUUCCCCUCCAGGUAUGACGCGGAUAAGUGUUUCCCGAUCAGGGUUGCGAGAAAUGAUGAGUUUUGGGGCGGAAUAUUACAGUGUAUGGAGUUUUCUCGUUCUCUCUCCUCUCCAGAUCUAAACUGUAAACUCCAGCACAGAGAGCAAUUGAACCAGGUUUCACAUUGGCUAGAUGGUUCUAAUAUCUACGGUUCAACUGAGGAAGAAUCCUCCAUGCUCAGGAGUGCUGGGGGAUUCAUGAAGGUUUCAGGACAGGACGGAAGCAAUCUUCCGUCCUGUGGUAGAAACACCAAGGAGCUGGACGCCUGCUCCUCCUGUGAAGAGGACACGGAGGAGAAAUGUUUUUUCGCCGGAGACUUCAGAGUGAACGAACAACCAAACCUCAUUGUUAUACACACAGUAUUUCUCCGGGAGCACAAUAGAAUAGUUGGAAUUCUCUCAGAAGUGAACCCAACCUGGGACGGGGAGAGGUUGUAUCAGGAGGCAAGAAGGAUUACUGUUGCUCAUUAUCAACAUAUAGUCUAUCAUGAAUGGCUCCCUAUAGUCCUGGGGAAAAACAUGAUGAAGUCUUUCGGACUUUUAACCCUCUCCUCCGGGUACUCUACAGACUACUCAGACUCAUUUGAUCCUCGGAUAAAUAACGAGUUUGCCUCGGCUGCGUUUAGGUUCGGACACAGUCUUAUCACUGGAGAUUUUGCAAUGAAACCGACCAAGGGCUCGCAGGGUUCAUUCAGUCUUAGAGAAAUGUUUUUUAACCCCAUGGAUAUGAACUCCUCGGAUACAUUUGACGGACUCGUUCGAGGUCUUACAGAGGAGGAAACUCGAGCUUGGGACUCAAACUUUGUCGAGGACAUAAGAAACCAUUUGUUCGAGGCUUCCAAGGACGGAGGAGGGUUUGAUCUUGUAGCAAUUAAUAUACAGCGAGGACGUGAUCAUGGAGUACCAGGAUAUACAAAGUACCUGGAGAUUUGUGGUGGGACCAAUGUCCAGGAUUGGGAGGAUCUCCGAGGAUUGAUGAAACCUGAACACAUCUCGAGACUGCAGAAGGUAUACAGAAGUGUAGAGGACGUCGAUCUUUUUGUCGGAGGAUUUCUAGAGGACGCUCAUGAGGAUUCUAUGAUUGGUCCUGUGUUUAAAUGUAUAAUCGGAGACCAGUUUGCGCGUCUGAAGAAAGGAGACAGAUUUUUUUACGAUCUCGGGACGGAUCCAAACACAAGGUUUAGCGAGCUCCAGCUCCAGGAAAUAAGAAAGGUAUCUCUAGGACGGAUACUCUGUGAAAACACUGAGCUAGGUUCAAUACAACCGUUUCCUCUGAAAAUGCCAAUCAAUGAGAUCAACUCGAAGAGGUCAUGUGAAGAAUUGAUGUCGUUUAAAACUAAUUGGAAUGUUUUUAAAGAAUAAAUGGUACCUUGACUCUCUUCA